AUGGAUCCAAGGUCGACUGCGAACAACAGCUACAUUAUCAAGAAUAUCCAUCCCUGCUAUGAAUUCAAUGAUGAGACAUAUAUGUUUGCAAGAAAUCCUUCCAGCAUAUGUGUGAUCCUGUAUAUUUUCCUUGGUUCACUAUCUGUCCUCACCAUAUGUGGAAAUCUCCUUGUCAUUGCUUCCAUUGUUUAUUUCAAACAGCUGCACACUCCUACAAACUACCUCAUCCUCUCUCUGGCUGUGGCUGACCUGCUUGUGGGAGUUGUCGUCUUUCCUUUCAGCAUGGCUUUCACAGUAACUUCAUGUCUGUACCAUGAAGGCUUGUUUUACAGAUACUAUGCAGUAUGUCAGCCUCUGUUGUACAAAACUAAAAUAAAUGCCCAGGUUACUCUGACUAUGAUCCUGCUGAGCUGGGGUAUCUCUGUUCUGAUUGGUAUUGGUAUCAUAGUUGCAGGAUUCAGUCAAGGCACAUGUGAGGAAAUGUGCUCAGUGGAUGUUGUGGUGGCUAACACCAUGGGGCCUGUUUUCUCAUUCUACUUUCCAGCCGUCAUCAUGGUCUGUAUUUACCUGAAGAUUUUCCUGGUUGCACAAAGACAAGUAAACAGCAUCCACAACUCCAAGCUGCAGAGCACAAAGUCAGCUGCCAGCAAAAUGGAGAGAAAGGCCACCAAAACGUUAGCAAUUGUUAUGGGAGUGUUUCUCUUAUGUUUGACGCCUUACUUCAUCUGUGUGGUCUUUCAGCCUUUGGCACCAACGCCCCCACCAGUUUCUGUGAUUGAAACACUUAACUGGCUGACAUUGUCCAAUUCAAUGCUCAAUCCCCUUAUUUACACCUUCUUCUACAGUUGGUUUCGAUCAGCUUUCAAAACGAUCCUUUCCGGAAAAAUAUUACAGGCUGAUUUGGCCAACUCCAAAUUAUUUUGA